AAGACAGGAAGUUCCUCGAGUCCACAACCCACAACCAUUGGGAAGGGAAAGAAAACUGAAAAGUUAAAGCGGGCUACAGUGUGGGAAUGGCGGGCAAAGGUGGAGCAACUCCGGCGACAUACUCGCCAUCUCCGACGACCAAUAGGAAGAAGAAACCACCGAUUUUCAAGGAGGAUUGGGUUCGACCCGAUGGCCGCGGUUUUCACCAGUGCAGACCCGCGUUUUUCAGGACUGGUGCUGUGAAUGCUGCAUCUGGAUCUGCUUACGCUGAGUUUGGAAAUACCAAGGUCAUUGUAUCAGUAUUUGGGCCAAGAGAGAGCAAGAAGGCGAUGAUGUACAGUGAUAUAGGGCGUUUGAAUUGCAAUGUCAGCUUUACAACGUUUGCAACUCCGAUUCGUGGGCAGGGUUCAGACCACAAAGAGUACUGUGCGAUGCUUCAUAAAGCUUUGGAGGGUGCAAUAAUACUGGAAACAUUCCCCAAGACAACUGUGGACGUUUUUGCAUUGGUGCUGGAAUCUAGCGGCAGUGAUCUCCCAGUUGUCAUAUCAUGUGCUAGCCUUGCCCUUGCAGAUGCUGGAAUAAUGAUGUAUGAUAUAGUUGCCUCAGUUUCUGUGUCAUGUUUUAAUAAGAACCUUGUCAUUGAUCCUAUUUUGGAGGAGGAAAUUGGCCAAGAUGGCAGCUUAAUGAUUACUUGCAUGCCUUCUCGCUAUGAAAUCACCCAACUCACCGUUACUGGGGAAUGGUCCACCACAAAGAUUAAUGAGGGAAUGCAGCUGUGUUUGGAUGCUUGUGCAAAGCUUGCGAAGAUUAUGAGGUCAUGUUUAAAAGAAGUUGCUUCGGAUUCCCAGGAGUAGAAUGACAGUUCUAAAUUAACACAGAUCGCCUUAUGUGCUGUUGUGUUGGAGGAAGGUAGGGAAAGGUGCCUUGAAUGCCCUGAAAAUUUUGUGCUCAUGAUCUUGUCAAAGACAAAGUAAAUUACUCUGAAUUUCGAAAUUGACAACCACCAACUUGAGUAAGGUGAAUUGGGUUGACCCUCCUAUUAUUUUUCUGAAAAAAAUCCAAAAGAUAGUAAAACCCCAAAAAAAAAUACAAAUGCAUGAAUUUUUUGCUGGUUAA